AGCACAUCGCUCUUUAAUCUCAUCUGUCUCCAGGAUCAUGGCGAAAGGAUGCUGUGUGUUUGUGCUCUGUGCUGUGAUCGCCUCCUGCAUCUUGCAGCAAUGCUCUUCACUGCACACUAAGGGCUCCCUUCAUCUGGACCACAUCACUUUCUACAAGGUCGUUCCAAAGAUUAAGUAUGUACUGGUGAAGUUUGACACUCAGUAUCCUUAUGGCGAAAAACAAGAUGAGUUCAAACAGCUAGCAGAGAGUUCGUCUUCCAGCAAAGACCUUCUAGUGGCUGAUGUUGGUAUAUCAGAUUAUGGAGAUAAAUUGAAUUUGGAGCUUGGUGAGAGAUACAACUUGGAUAAGGACAACUUUCCAUAUUAUUACUUCUUUGUGGAUGGUGACAUUAACAAUCCAAUAGUCUACACUGGCCCAGUGAAGACAACAGCUAUCCAGCGUUGGCUAAAAUCUAAAGGAGUAUAUAUGGGAAUGCCAGGGUGCCUUGAAGAAUAUGAUGGCCUGGCCGGAGACUUUAUGAGUUUACCUAAGAAAGAAGAGCGUGCUAACCUACUGAAGAUAGCUCACGCCAAGUUGAUGGACCUAAGUGAAGCAGACAAAAAAUCGGCAGAACAGUAUGUUAAAAUCAUGGGUAAGAUAAUGGAACAAGGGGAUAUGUUUGCCAACAGUGAGCAUGAGCGCAUUGCCAGUCUGAUUGAGAAGAAUAAAAUGAGUGAAUCUAAGAAGGAGGACCUGCAAAAGAGACUUAAUAUAAUCAGUAGCUUCCAGAACAGACCACAAGAUAAGGAGGAACUUUGAAGGCAAUAAUUAUUGUGUCGCGAACCCUCCGUUGUAUUUGUCUAAUUCACACACAGUAAAAAUUCUCCAACACUCCUUCAACAUUUACUCUCUAAUGCUCCUUCGACAUUUACGUGAAACAAAACGUUUGUGCAGGAGCAAGAUUUAGAGUUAUCUACACCUACAUAAACCACAUGGGGAGGGUUAUUUUAGAGCAGAGCAACUGACCACUUUUUAUUGGCUACCUGAAAUACUAAUGAGAGAGUGGAUUGUGAGUAAAGUAGCUUUAGUGAAACGUUUCACUGAUCAUGAAAUAUUUAUAAUUGUGGAGAUACAUCUCUUUUAGAUCAUUUCCUACGUAGUAAAAUGAUGAUGUGCAUCUGCCCUGUUUGGUACAGCAUCAUCCUAAAGUAUUACCGUAUGAAAAUCAAAUUUACGUUGGGCAAUUUUAUGCUCUGUUCUUGAUUACUUUUUUACAUUAGGCUACUUCCAAUGUCUGUGGCACAGGCUGGCAUAGAAGUACGUUAAUUUAGUUCUACAGGUAUAAAUCAUAAGGUUGUUAGGAGCAGGUAGUCACAUUUUAGGAGCUAUGGCUCUCUUAUUCCAGGAGUUUGUUGAAACCUGGUCUAUGUGAGAUGAAACAUCAAUAGCAGAAGGUAAUGAAAAGUUCUAAAGCACACUGCGUGGAUAACUUCUCAAAGGAUAGAUAUUAUUAGACACACAAUAUCUAUUACACAUGUAAAAUAGAGGAUACUUUGCAGUAACGUGUAUUGUGGAAAACAAUGUCAUUGAAGUGGUCUGGAGAAUUAAUCCAAGAAACCUUGAAACCUCAUUAUUUCCCUGCUAUUCAAGGGUUAAAUGAACACACCGGGCACCAUAACAACGUCAUUGGAAUUAAGUUGUCAUGGUGCCAGAAGGUGCCUGUCACCAGCUUACCUUUAUGAGUUAAACUGUUCAUGAAUGCCCUUCCGAUGCUCAAAAUAUUGAAUGUGGAUGCCUCAGCCAGGAG